AAUUAUACCACCCAAGCACGGCUCGCCCUAAACUUUUCCAAUCUUUUUCUCCGAAACCAGAAUCUCUCUUUCUCUCUCUAUCUUCUCCUGCUUGGAUGGAGGUGAGAGCCUCCAUCGAAAAAGCAAAUUCCGUAUAUAUAACUAUCAAUAUACAUAUUAUACUUCAAAACCCCCUAAUUUUUGAAAAAAAAAAAAAAACCAAAAAAUUGAAACUUGCUUGGAAUUGAAGAGAAUUGUUUAGAGAUUCAGGAAAGAUGUUUACGUGGAGUAUUGCAAAGUCGGCGGAGGCGAUGUUCUCCCGGUUGGCGAUAAAGAGGUUGUGUAAAUUCUUGUUGAAGAAAAAAUUAGGAAAAUUUAUACUGGGAGAUAUUGAUCUAAAUCAGCUAGAUGUCCAGCUCAGCGCCGGCACCAUUCAGCUCUCCGAUCUCGCAGUCAACGUCGACUAUAUAAACCAGAAGUUCAAUGUAGCAACUGUUUCUGUGAAAGAGGGAUCUAUUGGCUCAUUAGUGGUAACUAUGCCUUGGAAGGAUGGUGGCUGUGAAAUUGAGGUGGAUGACCUUGAGAUCGUGCUCACUCCUCGUCAGACAAAUAUUUUUCAAGAUGAAUCAGAAACUAGCAGUUCCUGUCAAAGUAAGAAGAAUUAUUCCAGCCAUCAUUGUAGAAAGCUUGAGAAUGAUGCAGUUAAUGGAGGAUUGGAAAAUGCUUCUGUUGAUGUUCAUGAAGGAGUCAAAACCAUUGCCAAGAUGGUAAAAUGGUUGUUGACUAGUUUUCAUGUGAAAGUUAAAAAUCUGAUUGUAGCUUUUGAUCCCUCUAUGUGGGAAGAAAUGAAAGAAGGAUUAUGCAGAACUGCAGUACUUCGAAUUUCUGAGGUAGAGUGCAGAACACAAAUUUCUGAAGAUGCUUCUUCUAACAGUGGAAAUGCACAACGUGACUUUCUUGGUUUAAAUCAAUUGAUAAACUUUGUAAAAUUCGAGGGAGCAGCGAUUGAAUUACUACACAUGGAUGAUGUUGAUCAGACACCUCCUCAAUGUUCUCCUGUGACACCUUAUGGUGACUGGUUUUCAGGAAACCAAGCUUUGAGUCACAAAGUGGUAAAUACUCUGGGACCAACACCAACCCUAUUAUCUGAUCGCCUGUGUUUCAAUGAAGUCCCAUUGCUCUUUGAUGAGGAAUGGGCAACAAAACUAACUGAAUCAAGCUUGGAUAGAGGUUGUCAAUAUCAUAACUUGAAACUAAUAAGUAUGGCAGAGAAAGUCUACGCGCGGAGAGGUUCUCUCUCUCCGCACUGCUCAGAGAAGGUCUAUGUGUGUGGAGAGUCUCUCCGCUCUCCGCUUAGGGAGGAGACAACUCUCCAUGCAGGCGAAGAGCCGAUUACCUACAUAAUUUGCAAAGAUGUAAUUCUUAAGAAGCCAAUAUUUUUGAGCCAAAAUUCUAGAAAUCCAUUUGUGCCCCAUUUAUGUAAAUUGAAUGUGUCAAUUACGCCCCAAAUUAAUGUAAAUCUAAUCUUACACAGUGGCAGAUCCAGGUACUGGCGAGCUAGGACGGCCACCCUAGCUGGAUCCGCCGGAAUGUUCAUUAUUGCAGUCAUUAGCAAGCUUGUCCGCCGGGAAGAAACUUGGAAAGCAGAGCUGCAGCAGGAAAGAUGA